AUGCCAUCUGAAGAAAGAAGUGAGUACAGGAGGUGGAAUCUGUGUGUGAUUGGAGCAGGGCCUGCAGGGCUAAUAGCUGCAAGGGAGCUGAGCAGAGAGGAGCAUUCAGUGACUGUGUAUGAGCAGAAACAUGAUGUGGGUGGUAAUUGGUUGUAUGAUCCCAAGGUGGAAGAUGAUGACCCACUUGGAUUAAACCCACAUAGAAAGGUCCACAGCAGUAUCUAUGCUUCUCUCCGCCUGAUCUCCCCCAGAGAAACCAUGGGGCUUCCUGAUUACCCAUUUUCUGUCAAAGAAGGCAGGGAUGGGAGAAGGUUUCCCAGCCAUACAGAGCUGUUAUUGUUUCUCAAGGAUUUUGCCCAAGAUUUCAAUCUUUUGCCUCUGAUUAGCUUUAAUACUUUUGUGGAGUAUGUGGGGAUGGUGGCUGAAGAGGGUGGUGAGGGAGGAAAGAAUAUUAGGUGGUUGGUGCGAUGCAGGAGGAGGGUGGUGAGCUUGGAAGGAGCUGAAUCAGAGGAAGUCUUUGAGCAAGUUUUCGAUGGUGUGGUUGUGUGCAAUGGGCAUUACACUCAGCCCCGGAUACCUCAAAUUCCAGGAAUGCAUAGAUGGCCAGGAAGGCAAAUACACAGCCAUAAUUAUCGUGUUCCAGAUCCAUUCGAUAAUGAGGUUGUAGUUGUUAUUGGGGAUUCACAUAGUGGUCGAGACAUCUCAUUGGAAUUGCUGAGAGGGGCCAAAGAAGUGCAUUUAUCUUCAAAAUCUUCAGUUGUCAUUGAGGGAUUAACGAAACUCCAGGCCGAAUAUCCAAACUUUUAUAUACAUUCUGUGAUUGAAUCUCUUCAUGACAAUGGACUUGUGGCUUUUAAGGAUGGCUUCUCAGUUAAUGCUGACUCAAUUCUAUAUUGUACUGGGUAUUCAUAUUCUUGCCCAUUUCUCGAUACAAAGGGCAUAGUGUCAGUGGAUCGUGAUCAUGUAGGACCAUUAUAUGAGCAUAUUUUUCCACCUUUGUUAGCUCCUUCUCUUUCAUUUAUCGGAAUUCCAAAAAAGAUAAUAGCUUUUCCAUUCUUUGAGGCACAAUCCAAAUGGCUAGCAUAUGUAUUAUCAGGGAAGGUAGCUCUUCCAUCAGUAAAGGACAUGUUUAAAGCCGUGGAGGACUCUUAUCAACUUAGAGAUGUUGAUGACGUCCCCAAACAUUAUACUCAUGACAUUGCUAGCUUUGAGUAUCACGACUGGUUAGCAGAUCAAUCAGGCUAUCCUCACUUUGAAGACUGGAAGAAAGACAUUUGUUUUGCAACUUUUGCAAAUGUUGAUUCCAAUAUUGACACAUUUCGAGAUACUUGGUUUGACCAAGAAUUGCUUGAUUUUGCUCUCUCAAUUUAA